AGGUAUUACAUUGGUCGCCAGAUGUUUGUGGUGGUCUCCACACCAGAGAUGAUCAAGCAAAUCUUAGUGACAGACUUCAGUAACUUCACCAACAGAACUGCUUCAGGCCUACCUCCGAACUUGAUUUCCAAGCCGAUGAUUGACAGCAUCCUUUGUCUUCGGGAUGACAGAUGGAAGUAUGUCCGAAGCCUUCUGAGCCCAGCUUUCAGUGAUACAAAACUGAAAGAGAUGACACCACUAAUAAACCAGGCCUGUGAUGUCCUGCUGUGCAACAUGAAGGUCUAUGCAGAUUCUGGCAAAGCUUUUGAUAUCCAGAGGUGUUACAACUGUUUUACCUUGGAUGUUGUUGGUAGCGUAGCUUUUGGUACUGAGGUGGAUUCUCAGAAUAAUCCUGACGACCCCUUUGUUAAAAAUUGCAGAACAUUCUUUGAAAUGUCUUUGUUUAAGCCUCUCCUCAUUCUAAUCCUUUCUUUCCCAUUCAUAAUGAUCCCAUUGCUCCAGAUUUUGCCAAACAAGAAACAAAAGGAACUGAAUGGGUUUUUUAUCCAAACCAUAAAAAAUGCAAUUGUCUUCAGACACCAGCAAGAUGCAGCUGAGAGGCGCAGAGAUUUUCUUCAGUGGAUGCUGGACUCCUGUGGCUCAGCUGAGUCCCUGGCAGCUGGGCGUCCCGAGGCGCUGGGUCCCUCUGCUGCUGCCAGCACCCCGGCUGAAAAGUGUCAGCAGACGCUGACAGAGGAUGAGAUAGCAGGCCAAGCUUUUCUCUUCCUGAUCGCUGGGUAUGAGACCACCACAAGCACACUGUCCUUUGCCACAUACUUGCUAGCCACCAACCCAGAGUGCCAGGAGAAGGUGCUUCAGGAGGUUGAUGAGUUCUCAGGAAAACACAUGGUCCCUGAUUACCAAAAUGUACAAGAACUCCCUUAUCUGGACAUGGUGAUUGCGGAGACACUGCGCAUGUACCCACCUGCAUUCAGGUUCACUCGGGAAGCAGCUAAAGACUGUGUAGUGCUGGGGCAGCGUAUUCCAGCUGGGGCUGUCAUUGAAACUGCAGUUGGACAUCUCCACCACAACCCUGACUUCUGGCCAGAGCCUGAGAAGUUUAUUCCUGAGAGGUUUACAGAGGAGGCCAAGAAGGAACGACAUCCCUUUGCGUACUUGCCCUUUGGGGCAGGACCCCGUGGCUGCAUUGGCAUGAAAAUGGGUUUGCUGGAGACAAAAAUUACCCUGCUGAGGAUUUUGCAGAAGUUUAAAUUUAAGGCAUGCCCAGAGACUGAGAUUCCUUUGCAGCUGAAAUCAAAAGCCACACUUGGACCAAAAAAUGGAGUCUACAUUAUGCUGGAAUCUCGCUAAAAGAAAAUGUAACUCCUGAAAAUUUCUGGGAUGGGAUCCCUUGUUCAAUAACUCACUGGGUAUAAUUAUUUUUCAAAACCCCAAAUACAGGUAGGAGCCUAUCCCACUGAUGGUCAGUAGAUGCUACCUCACUGCCCUCCUGUGGGAGAGCCUCCAGUCAUUUUUUAAAAUGAGACAUGGGCUCCACAGUGUUUUUUUGGUGGUUUUCAAAUUGCUGUGAACA